CGCCCUUCACACAUAUAAAGAACGCGAGCACCCCCAUCACACCUCUGUCUGACGGACAGUGCCGCCAUUUUGUGGUUCGAAGCAGCGCUUUUCUGAUGCAAGAUGAAUUUCCCGCGGCUUAUCUCAUUCACCAAAGCUCGUGAGAAAUCAGACUUGUGGGAAAAUGGAGAACAGAGAAAUAAGAAUUCAUCCCGGAGAAGUGAGCCGACCAUUUCUGGUGAGGAGGCAAAAGCCUUCUAUGAGGGUCUUCUUUCAAAUGAAGGGGGGCAGUCGUCUUCAAAAAAACCUUCUCGAAAACGGAGGCGGGUCACCUCUUCACAUGUGGGAACACAAGGACAGUCCCAGCCCAGAGCAGCCAUGACCCCAUCGGGUGCCACAGACCAUCGGAACGGCCACCAGCUGCUAAAAUGUUCACAACUGGGAGACCUGAAAGGUGUGAAGCGUCUACUGGAGAAGGAGAACUGCGACCUCAAUUUUCAGGAUGGUUAUUACUGGACGGCUCUGAUGUGCGCCGCAUACGCAGGGCAAAAGCACGUAGUGACUUAUUUACUGAAGAGGGGUGCAGCCUGGGUUGGGGUAUGUGAAACCACAGGCAAGGACGCAUUGACCUUAGCAGAAGAGGCUGGACAUCAGGAUGUUGUCCAGAUCCUACAGGAUUCCUUGAGAGGUCAUCCUCAAGACUUAACACCAAGAGCACAUCCACCGGAAAGAAAAUACUGUAACGUCUGCAAGACUGAUUACCAAGAAGACAGCAUCGAAACCCAUGAACGAUCCACCGUGCACCUCUUUAACACCAAAAAGAAAUAUCCUCCCACCUACUACGUCAUCCCACAACAUAACAUCGGCUAUAAGAUGAUGCUGAAGGAAGGCUGGGACUCUGAGGUGGGGCUGGGGCCCAACGGCACAGGCAGGAAGUUCCCUGUUCAGACAGUUCUCAAGAGAGACCAGAAGGGUCUUGGUUUCCAAAGCAAUGAGAAGCCAAAAGUCACUCAUUUUGCUGCUCACGACACUUUGGCAGUAGCCAGGCCGGGUAUAACGCGCAAGAGAACUGAACGAGUGACUACUGUCGGCAGGAAAGAAGAGAGAAGGAGGGAGGCAAAGGCUAAGACCUGGGAGCGAGAUUUGAGGACUUAUAUGAAUAUAGAUCUGUAGGAGCUGCGCACUUUCAUGUCUGCCCCCGAGCCAUGACUUUGUUAAUAAACCAGACUUUUUAAAGGGAUUCUGUCAUCAGAAAUUACUCCUAUAACCUAAACAUAUGGCAAUGUCCCUAGUAAUUCAGUGAAUCCUAGAGUGACUUUAUCAAAUGAUCCUGUGG